AUGUUGUCUUCUCUCAACAUGUCUGCUGUGAAUGACUCUGACACUCGAGUGGCCGGCUGCCUCCUCAUUGGCAUCCCUGGGCUGGAGCAUCUGCACAUCUGGCUCUCCAUCCCCUUCUGUACUAUGUAUGCAGCUGCCCUGGCAGGCAAUGGCAUUUUAAUUUGUGUCAUCCUCUCCCAGCCAAGCCUGCAUGAGCCUAUGUACAUAUUCCUGUCCAUGUUGGCCAGUGCGGAUAUCUUGCUCUCCACUUCCACCAUGCCCAAAGCACUGGCCAACUUCUGGCUGGGUUCAAGCCAUAUUUCCUUCGAUGGCUGCCUCACCCAGAUGUUCUUCAUCCAUUUCCUCUUCGUGGCUGACUCUGCGGUCCUGCUGGCCAUGGCCUUUGACCGCUUUGUGGCUAUCUGCUACCCUCUGCGAUAUUCCACAAUCCUGACGAAGACGGUCAUUGGGAAGAUCGUUGCUGCCACCCUGACCCGCAGCUUCAUCAUCAUGUUUCCAUCAGUCUUUCUUCUCAAGCGCCUGCACUAUUGCCGGAUAAACAUCAUUGCACACACUUUUUGUGAGCACAUGGGCAUCGCCCGUCUGUCCUGUUCUGAUAUCUCCAUCAAUAUCUGGUAUGGGUUGGCAGCUGCUCUACUCUCCACAGGCCUGGACAUCAUCCUUAUCACUGUUUCCUACAUUCACAUCCUCCAAGCUGUCUUCCACCUCCCUUCUCAAAAUGCCCGGUCCAAGGCCCUGAGCACGUGUGGCUCCCAUGUCUGUGUCAUCCUACUCUUCUAUAUCCCUGCCCUCUUCUCUGUCUUUGCCUACAGAUUUGGUAGGAAACGCAUCCCACGCUAUGUCCAUAUCCUCUUGGCUAACCUCUAUGUGGUCAUCCCACCUAUGCUCAAUCCCAUUAUUUAUGGAGUGAGGACCAAGCAGAUUUGGGAAGGGGUUAAACAGAUGUUUUCACAUCUUGUCCAGGAAUCUAAAUAA